GAGGAGAAGAAAGAAGAAGAGCCAAAAACAGCUCCAGCUCCUGCGCAGGCACCUGCUGCUCCCGCUCCCACUGCUGCUCCUGCCAAUCCAGAGGACAUUGAAGGCAAAGAAGCGCCUCCUCCACCUGUUGUCUACUCCCGCUACACAGACGACACCAUCCGAUUUUUAGCCAAGAAGUUAAAAGAACGCACAGAGAUACUCAAAGAGAAGGCCAUAGACCCUUACGCCACAUCUCCAGAAGUCACACCACCUGUCACACCUAUUCUGAGAAAGGAUGACUACAUCCGACUGAAGGAAGAGGAGCGCAUAGCCAAGGAAGAAGCAGAAAAGAAGAAGGCGGAGGAAGCAACCAAAAAGGCAGAAGAGAAGAAGAAAAAAGAUGAGGAGAAAAGGUUGGAGGCCGAGAAGAAAGCCGAGGAGGAGAGACUGGCAGAGGAGGCCAAGAAGAAAGAAAGGAUCCUCCCACAAAUCAGCUGCUCCUGCUUUGACGUCCUCUUCCAUCCAGUGGAGGAAAAAAUGGAUGUCAUCUUGGGGACCACCAUUGAUCCUUUCACAGAUCGUCGGUACAUUUCCUGGUUGAGCUUCGUGGCAUUGGCGUACAAUUACAACGUCUGGUUUUGCUCCGCCAGGCUGGCUUUCCCUUACCACAGUGAAACUGCCAACCGCUACUGGAUAUUCCUCGACAUUCUUAGCGACAUUGUAAAUAUAAUAGACAUCGUUGUUUGGCAGCCUCGCCUUCAGUUUGUCAAAGCUGGAGACAUCAUUAAAGACAGAGCUUUGACUAAGCUACAUUAUCGAAAAUCACAUCAAUUUAAGACUGAUAUAAUCAGCAUCCUCCCCUUCGACCUGCUCUGCCUGUACUUUGAAUUCUCCUCGUUUUACCGACUGAACCGCUUCAUCAGGAUUGGUUCCUUCUUUGAGUUCAGUGAUCGACUUGAGAGUGUCAUGGCCAAAGCUUACAUCUGGAGAGUUGCCCGCACCACAGGCUACCUGCUCUUCAUGCUUCACCUCAACGCCUGUGCUUACUACGUCGCCUCAGUGCACCAGGGUCUUGCCACAACUACAUGGGUGUAUGACGGGAAUGGCACAGCGUACCUGCGUUGCUACUACUUUGCAGUUCGCAGUCUGAUCAACAUCGGGGGUUUACCGGAACCUGUAACCACCUUUGAGAUUUCCUUUCAGAUGGCUAACUUCUUUAUUGGUGUCUUUGUGUUCUCGAGUUUGAUCGGACAGAUGAGAGAUGUCAUAGGAGCAGCUACAGCAGCUCAGACAUACUUCCGGGCGUCAAUGGACGGAUGUGUUUCCUACAUGAACACCUAUACGAUCCCCAAACUAGUCCAGAACAGAGUCCGCACCUGGUACAACUACACCUGGGCAGCUCAGGGAAUGCUGGAUGAGUCCGAGCUCCUGGACAAGAUGCCUCUGGUGAUGAGAAUUGCCAUUGCUGUGGACAUCAACCUUGCCACAUUCCAGAAGAUUGCAUUGUUCCAGGGCUGUGACCAGCAGAUGUUAGUGGACAUGUUACUGAGGCUCAAGUCAAUCAUUUAUCUACCCGGAGACUUUGUUGUGAAGAAGGGUGACAUCGGUAAAGAGAUGUAUAUCAUCAAAAGUGGAGCGGUGCAGGUGGUGGGAGGACCCGACAACAGCAUUGUGUUUGUGACGCUGAAGGCCGGCUCCGUGUUUGGGGAAAUCAGUUUACUGCAGUCUGCUAAAGAUGGAGGAAACAGGCGCACAGCCAAUGUAAAAGCUCACGGCUUCGCUAACCUUUUUGUGCUGGAGAAGAAAGACCUGUUUGAUAUCCUCGUCCACUACCCGGAGUCUGAGAAGGUGCUGGCCAGGAAGGGCAGGAAACUAGUCAAAGCCAAAGGAGCUGUACCUGCUCAAGGUAAUGAGGAGAAGCAGAAAGGACUGGCUCUGUUUGGACCAAAGCCACCAACGCCCAAGCUACUCAGAGCUUUUGCAAAUAUGAAAAAACUCAAGAAAAUGGAAGAGACGAAAUAGGAAGUGGAUGUGGAGUGUUAUUGAGAGUGUCUUCUACUUUUCCAUUGCUACCAAAAGACCCAUAAUGGAACCGGUCUACAGCGACCAGAAGAGCUGUUGUGAUUCAGAGGUUUAUGUGACCUGAUACUCUUCAGUUCAAACGUCUGCUGGAAGCAGCAAAGUGCUAUGAUCGGAAAGCGCUAAUAUUCUCCCCCACACUCUUUGCGGAUUCAUCAAUAUACACAGAACCGUCUGUAACAGGAGAGGACAACUGUUUGAAAUUUGUGUCAUGCAAAUGAUCGACUUUAUAUAUUAAAAAAAGAAAAAGGCAAAAAUUAUCCUCAGUUUCAUUAUUAGGUGUUCAGGGUGAUGCGAAGCUCUUCCAUCCCCGACUGGAAUUCUCUCUGUGCAAAGAGCACCACCUACUGGCUGAGUGACCUUUAAACUGUUAACUGAGCUGCUGGACUUGUAGUCUAUUUGAAUUUUGACCAAGAGGUGUAACCAAGAGUAUCAAAUAUCAAUAUAGAAAUGGUUCUGUUUGUUACUGGGUAGUCUGGGUUUAGCCCCAGUGUUUGUUGGAUGUCCAAACAUCACUGACACUGUAAAUAACCAAAAUA